AUGAGCUCACAGGGAGACAGCCAGCGGUCGCAGGACAGCACCAUGACUCUAAUGCAGGAGAACGUCUCCGAAGUUCUUUACUUUGCCUACGGCUCCAACCUCUCGACUGAACAGAUGCGACAGCGCUGCCCACACUCUACUCCCGUCGGCCUGGCAUAUCUCAAGGGCUGGAAAUGGAUAAUCAACGCUCGCGGAUACGCAAACGUGGUGCAACUCCCCGUCGACUCGGACGACGACACCCCCGACGCUGAAGCCAACAAACAACUCACCGUAAAGGGCAAAGAGAAGGCUGAAAGGCUGGCGGAUGACGAAGUGGAUGGGGUAUACGGGCUGCUUUACCUCGUUCCGUCUGCGGACGAAGAGAGGCUGGAUGGGUAUGAGGGCGUGCCAUGGGCUUACAAGAAGUUCCAGGUGGAUGUGAAGUGGGCGAGUGCAACUGGAGAUGAGGACAACACAUUGAGAGCACUGAUUUACAUCGAUGAUAUGAGGAUGGAUGAGGAUGUGCCAAAGGAUGAGUACAUUGACAGGAUGGAAGAUGGUAUCGAGGAUGCGGUUGAGAAUUGGGGUUUGGAUGAAGACUAUGUGGACAGAGUCAUGAGGAGGUUCUGGGAGUGA